AUUUUUUUGAAAAGCGUGUUUAAGUAUGAAUUAAAUUCUGAAAAAAUGAUUCCUCCAACACGACUAAAGGUUGGAAAAAAGACGACUUUACUGCGAAGAUAAGGUAGGAGGAGUAUAAGAACUAAGAAGAGGAGAAACAAACACACUAUCAUAGAAAAGAAAACAGAGAAAACUGGUGUUGAGUAGGCAAAUCAAAAUGGAAAGCAAAAGGCUGGAAAUCUUUGAAGUUGGUCCCUGCAAAGAUGGAUUCGAGAUGGGGUUUCUUAUAGGCCAAAGAUUCUCCACCAUGAUCAAAAGCAGGCUUCAAAAUGAUUUAAUUCUGCAGAAGCAGAUGCUCCCAUUUGCUCAAUCUCCACAUUCCAUUCCACUCCUCACAUCCCUCUCUCAAACCAACAUGAACAAAUUCCCCAUCUACUGGGACGAGCUCCGAGGAACUGCUCAUGGAAGCGGUGCCUCGUUCCUCGAGAUAAUGCUGGUGAAUAUCCGGAAAGAGAUACUCCCGUUUAUCCCUAAGGCGGAUGACACGAAUGAUGACUGCAGCGACAUCCUCGUUGUUGGUGAAUCCGUGGCUGUGGCAGCCCACAACGAGGAUGCAAACGUGGCGAUGGUUGGACAUACUUACUUGGUUAAGGGGAGUCUGAGAAAUGGAGUGUCCUUCACUGCUUAUACGUAUGCAGGCGAGCUCCCGAGCUGUGCCUUCGGUUUCAACAGUCAUGGACUGGCGUUUACGCUGAAUUCAGUUCCGCCUAUGAGGCAUGAGAUUGCAGCAGGAAGGGUCGGACGGAACUUCAUCUCAAGGGACUUGCUCGAAGCUCAAAACAUAGAUGAUGCCGUUGCAAGGAUUUGUUCAUCAGAAGCCUCUGUAGGGCAUAGCUACAAUUUGAUCGAUGUCAACACACGAAGGAUUUUGAACGUAGAAACAGCAUCAAGAAAUCGCUGCUCGUUUCAUGAAGUAGGAGCAGUGCCAUUCUUCCAUGCCAACAUGUACCUUCACCUUAAAGUGCAGCAGGAACAAGAUGAGAAUUCACUGAGCAGACAAAAGAGAGCCACUGUGCUGCCAACGGCAUCAAGAAGCGACUUUAUGUCACUUCUUGGAGACAACAACAACAACGAAAAGUAUCCUAUCUACAUGACAGGUCCAUUGCUUCACACCCUAUGCACAGCUGUGGUGGAUUUGGAUGGAAAAACUCUUUCGAUUAUAGAAGGGAACCCGAAGGAAAGAGAAGCCUCGUUUGUCUUCCCGAUAUCAUGAUCAGGCGAUGGAGGCUACUUCUCCCUUGGACAUCUAUGUCUUCCAUAUUCAGAUUCGGAACAAUAUAUCAUUCAUCUCUUGAGCGGUAGAUCAGAGCUUCUUGACGUGAGCUUGACUUUUGACCCCCCUGAUCUUGCUUCAGACAGCUCCUUUAACUCGGAGAGAAGCUUCAGUGGCAUCUCUGAGGCCUGUGCCGGAC